AUGUCGAUGGAAAUCGACUCAGUGGCGCUGCCGUCACAACGGCAACAAACCGCUGCGACAAUUCUCUGUUACAACUGUGGUGCUCCUAUAGAUGGGACACAAUCAGCAGGAGCCUUAUGUCCGGAUUGCUUGAAACUCACCGUCGACAUUACCAACGGGAUCGAGCGUGAUGGUAUCCUCCUCAUGUGCCGAGAUUGUGACCGGUGGCACUCGCCGCCGACCUCAUGGGUAGUCGCCGCGCCAGAAUCUCGAGAACUUCUUGCUCUCUGUCUACGGAAACUACGAGGUUUGAACAAGACCCGAAUCAUCGACGCGUCAUUUAUCUGGACCGAGCCGCACUCGCGACGAGUCAAGGUCAAAAUCACAGUCCAGGCGGAGGCGAAUGAAGGCACGGUUUUACAGCAGACUUUCGAGGUGGAAUUCGUACAGCAAUACAAGCAAUGCCCGGAUUGCCAGAAAUCAUAUACCCACAACACAUGGCGAGCGGUGGUCCAAGUGCGGCAAAAGGUGCCUCACAAGCGGACAUUUUUGUUCCUGGAGCAGAAUAUCUUGAAGCAGGGUGCGCAUAAGGAGACGAUCAACAUCAAGGAAGUGCAGAACGGAAUCGAUUUCUAUUUCGGACAAAGGAAUCAUGCGGAGAAAUUUGUGGAUUUCCUCCAUUCAGUCACACCGGCCCGGACGAAAAAGAGCCAGGAAUUGAUUUCGAUGGAUACACAUACCGCGACGAGAUCGUUCAAAUUCUCCUACUCUUGUGAGCUGGUACCGAUUUGCAAGGAUGAUCUCGUUGCGUUGCCUAUCAAGCUCGCAAAGCAGAUUGGAAGCAUAUCACCACUCACCAUCUGUCACCGGAUUGGUACUGCAGUCAACCUCAUCGAUCCGAACACCCUCCAAAUGGCGGAUUUGAGCACACCGAUCUACUGGCGGUUACCCUUUGCUCCUUUGGCAGACGUCAAAGAUCUGAUCGAAUUCGUCGUCAUGGACAUCGAGCCCAUUGGUCCUGCCAAAGGCCGGUUCCUUCUCGCAGAAGCAACAGUCGCGCGCGCUUCAGAUCUCGGGGUCAACGACACCACCUACCUCAUCCGCACACAUUUGGGCAACGUCCUUCACGCGGGAGACAGCGCGAUGGGCUAUCUCCUUUCCGGCACACAAUUCAACAACCCCAACUGGGAGACCCUCGAGGAAUCCAAGCAAUACGCCGGGACAAUCCCCGAUGUGAUCCUCGUGAAGAAACACUACGGCCAACGCAAGAAGCGCGUGAACCGCAACUGGAAGUUGAAGCGUUUGGGCGUCGAAGAGAGCGACAUGAAGCCGAGGAAACAGGACGCCGAUCGCGACGAGAUCGAUUACGAGCAAUUCCUCCGCGACCUUGAGGCUGAUCCGGAAUUGAGGAAUGGUGUCAAUUUGUACCAUGAUCGGGAUCAGAGGGCCGCGAAGGCCAGCGAGAUGGAAAUGGAUGACGAUGACGAGGAUGAUGACGAGGAUGAUGGAUUGGCGAUUCCGAUGGAUCAGCUCAUUGAUGAGAUGGAGGAUAUGGGAAUGGCUGAUCAUGGUGAUGAUGUGGAGGAGGAGGACGAGUAG